AUGCGGAGCUGGUGGCUGUGUUAGAUCUGCACAUGGGGGUGACAUCAUUGUCCACUUGAAACCAUAAGGAUUUACGAAAAUUCUGGCGUGUUUUGCCCAACAACCAAAUAUUUGGAAACAUGUCCUACAUAUGGCGAUAUUCUUCCAUCUCAGAGUCUUAAACCCAAGCAAGAAGUUCAAGUGUACCGUGGUAAAAUGGAAGGAAUACCAACAUUUAAGUAAAUAUUGAGAAACUCCAUGCUUUACUUCUUUUUUCUCCCAACUCUUCUGGUCUUAAUAAAGUUGUUUA